CAUCCGCUGCCGUCCGUAUCUCUCGUCGUAUAAUUUAUUUUGUCGAAUAAUUCGCGGCCCUUUCUCGAUUUACUCUAUUUAUAAACACAAACACUUCUUACACAGUCUAUAAAUAAUAUCCAGAGCGUUGCUUGGAUCAGUGCUCAAGUAUUUGGUGUAUAAAAACGUUUUAAAGUUACGAUGCGGUAUUUCUUUUUGCUUUCGAUUUUCAGUGUUGUAUUUGGUUACGAAAAAGAUAUAACGUUUACAGUCCAACCUGGGACAACUGAUUGUUUUUACCAGAAGGUAACUCCGAACGAAGUCAUCGAUAUAGAAUACCAGGUAAUCGACGCGUCGCACGGCGAGCUGGACGUGUCGUUUCAAAUGUCGGACCCGGUCGGACGGAUCAUAGUGGCGGACUACAAGAAGCCCGAGAACGCUCACAGGCACACGGCGGCCUUGGAGGGUGACUACCGGUUCUGUUUUGACAACACGUUCAGCACCUUUAGUACUAAGACGGUAUUCUUCGAUCUACUCAUAAUGUUGGAGUCGGACGACGCUCACGAUAAGGACUACGACGACGACAAGGAAAUGGAACUUGGUAACGCAGCAGAAUCCUACAUGAUGCGUGUCCGGGACAUAUCAGACUCCGUCACGCGCGUCAAGGACAACGUAUCAGCUGCCAGACGCCUGCAAGAAUUACACUCGGCUCACGAAGCGAGAGACAGGAAUUUAGCGGAAGAAAUGUGUGCCAGAGUCAUGACGUGGUCGCUAUGGCAAAUCGUGCUAAUGCUCACAGUAGGAGUCACUCAGGUGUACUUCGUCAAAAGUCUAUUCGAGGAUGGCGGAUUCAAAAGGCUAAUACCAUCAUUCUCAUAACACCCACAUAAACAAAAAACACGUUGAAUAAUAAAGAACUAACUCAAAAAGUCACUUUUUCGAGUUGUUACCAUAACGACAGAAAACCAAAAAACCUGUUUUUUUUUAGUUAGAGCUCUUUAUUGUUAAGCGUGCGAGUAAUUUAAUUAGUAAAAAAAGUUCCUCACAUCACAUAGGUCAAAUCUAUUUACAUAGAAAACCUGCCAUCUUUAGAUGCUACUAUUUUUGCAUAAAAUAUGAAAUGAAAUGAUAGAUUUUCUUAUAAAAAUGAUAUACAGAUAUUCUAUAAACCUAGUGUUCUAGCAGGUUCCUUAUAAAAAUCAGAUCGGUAGCUAAUUUCAUAGGUAGCUAAGAGUGCUCUACAGGGUGUUAGGUAAAUGGGUAUAUGAGCCGACACUAGCCCAUGUUAACAUGGUCAUAUAAAUGGUAUGGUGAAGUCAGAAAAUUGAUAUAACAUUUUAAUUAUUUUAUUUUUCAUACAAAUCGGAUUUUAUAAAAUUUAUUUUGUAUGAAAAUAAAAAAAAAUAAAAUGAUGAUAUCAAAUUUCUGACUUUACCAUACCAUUUAUAUGCCCAUGUUAACAUGGGCUAGUGUCGGCUCAUAUACCCAUUUACCUAACACCCUGUAUAACUCUUAGGUAAAGAGUGGCACAACUCAAAAUUAAUUUUUUUACAGGAAUAGUAGUUUUUGGGGCAGAUUCUGAUAAUAGCAUAACUUGAUUUUGAUAUAUUUUGAGUUGUGCUACUUUUUAUCUGUGUGAAAAUAUUUUAAAUGAACUUAUGAUCUAUCUUCACUUUUUGUGUAGUUUUUUCAUGUAAAAAAAUCGCCAAAAUAUAUCAUAUUUUGUCACAUACGUAAAUAUACUCAGAUUUACAGAAUUAUAUUUAUAGGUAUUUGAUACCGUUACACUUUAGUGUUGCCAGAGUUAAAAACUAGUUGGUUAUAUAUUUUUAAUACGAAUACCUACUCAAAUCAACAGGAUUCUUAUGGGUAUUUUAAUACCCAAAUUACACUUUUUACGCCCGCAUUCGCAAACAAUGCUUGUGAAGCAGCAAAUCGAACGCACAGCGUUGAAUACAGCUCUGUGAUUGGUUCGUGUGUCACUCUGUACGUCCACGCGCACUGUGAGACCUCAUAGUAAUGUUUGUGAAUACGGGCGUUGGUGUUGCUAGUUGCAUGAAAACUACUCGUUAAUACAAUUUUAGUGAUAAAAAGUUUGCCAAAGCACGUAAAAUGCGGUUUCGAUCAAAAUUAUUUGUGGUGGUGUAGUCCGGUCGCCGAGCACGUAGAAUUUCGUCCAAUGACCCCAAGCUACCCAUCCUUAUCGCACGCGCGUCAUGCUGUCGCGAUCGCACACUAACUGCGGCCGCCCGUAGCACAGUCGCGACAGCAAUAUAAUUACGCGCGAGCGAUAAGGAUGGGUAGUUUGGGGUCAUUGGACGAAAUACCGAUAACACUCAAACAUAAGCGGAAGAAUGAUGGCGGGGCGCGUCUUCAUGGAUGAAACGAUCUAAUAAAUAAAAUUUCACCCCUAGUUUUGAUCGGAGUCGCAUUAUGUUAUUGUAUUUGUAGGAUUUUGUACAAUGUCUCAAAUGCACAAUAAUUCGAUUUAAGUUAGUUGAAUAAAUUAUUUAAUUAUA